UCAGAAAUUGCUUUUGCCAGUCUUAAGACUCAUCCAAACCAAAUCAGAGAGAGGGAGAGAGAGAGAUUGGGGUUUGUAUCUUGCAAAUGGAGAGGAUGCAGACCAACGUUGCAUCUGAAUCGGCCGAACCGAUCCUUGCUGCCCCAGCAAAUCCCACCAAUAUCAUCGUCGUCGAUUCCUCGUCGUCGUCUGCGUCGUUGUUGUCAUCAGGCGGCUCACAACGACCUCAAUGGCCGACGAUUGACGGUCCUCUGGGCCUUUCAGAAGAAGACUCCAUUCCUUACGCCCGCAGGUUCUUCAAGUUCGGCUUCUUCCUUCUCCCCUUCCUUUGGGCCGUCAAUUGCUUCUACUUCUGGCCUGUCCUCCGUCACUCCCCUUCCUUUCCCCGGAUUCGCCAUUAUGUGGUUGGAUCGGCAAUAGGUUUCACGGUGUUUGCGGCAAUUCUCUCAUCAUGGGCCCUUACAUUUGCCAUUGGAGGGGAACAACUGUUUGGGCAUGUUUGGAAUGACUUAGUCAUGUACAAUGUUGCUGAUAGAUUGGGAUUGACAGGUUGGAUCUAAUUAGUUACUGCCAUGCCUUCUUCAUUUAAACAGAGUCACUGUCACUGAAGGCAGGCAUGUGUGGUUUGUUUGUACUUAAUCAUCAGGUCCUAGCCAUAAGAUGCCAGAGCAUAAGAUUGCUUUGCUUAUUGACCCAACGAAUAUGAUGUUGUGGAAAACAUCAAGUCUUUCUUCAAGAGUGUAAAAAGGAUCAUUUCAAUGGUUAUAUUCCUACUUGCUCUCACUUAGAAAGGUAAAUAUGAUUGGCAUGCUAUAAUCUUUCGUAUUUAUUACCCCUUGUUUUCAGCCUUUAUAUAUUCUUAUUGGUUGGUACUAAAUGCGUCAUGGUUUGUAAUAUUUUUACAAGUUAAUAAGAGUAUUAUUUAUUGCACUUAA